UAGGCGACGGGGACGUCCGUUGUGCCGCGCAGGCCCCGGCCAGCCAGCCAGCCCAGGCCCCAGGCCCCCGGCCACAGGCCGCCGCACUACUGAUUAGCAGUCCGCCCCGCGGACACCUUCCCGUGGACACCAGUGGAGCGUCGCCGCGCCGGCCGCCAACAUGAUGACCGCCAGCCUCAACGUCAUCAAGUACCUGCUGUUCCUGUUCAACGUCCUGUUCGUGAUAACCGGCAUCGUGCUGCUCGCCAUCGGCGCCACCAUCAAGGCGGUGUACAUGGGCUACCAUGUCUUCCUGGACGACAGGUACUUCUCGGCGCCCAACCUGCUCAUCGCCGUCGGCCUCAUCAUCCUGCUCGUGUCUUUCCUGGGCUGCUGCGGUGCCGUCAAGGAGAACCACUGCAUGAUCGUGUCGUACAUCGCCCUGCUGAUCCUCAUCUUCAUCCUGGAGCUGUCCGCCGGCAUCGCGGGCUACGUGUGCAGGGACGCCGCCAAGGACGUGCUGACUCAAAAGCUGGGCGAGAGCAUGCUCAAUUACGGCAAGAACGACACCGUCGUCACCGCCCUCUGGGACCUCAUGCAGAGAACCUUCGAGUGCUGCGGCGUUAACGACCCCCAGGACUGGAUAACUCUGGCCAAGAUGUCCCAGAACACGACGGUGCCGCAGUCCUGCUGCGGCCCUGCCUCGGGCUUCGAACCCUUCACGUGCAGCGCCGAGUCCAACCCGCCACGCUUCAAGGACGGCUGCACCACCAAGUUCGGCGAGUUCGUCAGAGACAAGGCUGUCGUCAUCGGCGGCGCCGGCAUCACCAUCGCGCUCAUCCAGCUCGUCGGCAUCCUGAUGGCCUGCAGACUGGCGUCCGCGAUGCGGCGGGCCGUGAGCGAGCUGACCCCCAUGUAGAGGCUGCCCGGCCGGCCCCGGGUGGACGGACUCUGCCUCUUUUUGUCGGACUACUGCAAUGACUCAUGUUCCUAAGAUGUAAGGAUGGUUCGUUUUCUAUGUCAAAGGCGGGGGUACUUUUAAUGUUCAAAAACGAUAGACUGGUAAAUAGUGUUUAUAAACUGUGAUUCGUAACUUAGGCGCAUUGUGCCAUAGUCCAAUCGAAGUGAACUUUCGAGAGGGGGGUGGGGUGGGGUGAAUGAGACGAUGGAUGUUUUAAUUUGCUGGCACAAGAGAAGUAUCAAAAUUACGUCUUCCUAACUUGUUUUUACUGUUUUGAAUUUUGCCUCUGUCGAGAUAUUCAUCCUGUAUGUAUUUCAUCGUCCUCAGUACAUAAUCAAUCAAUAUCCUAGACUCCACUGCUAAGUGACAACUUACUUGGUUACUUUUACAUUUUUAAUAUUUAUUUUAGAACAGGUGUAUGCGAACCUGAUCAAAGUCAGCACUUGAUGUAUACAAUUUAAAGUCAUUUUUACCGUUCUCGUGGUUGUGGUUGUGCUGUUGAAGAUAUUUUUUUUCUGAAUGAGAAAGGUGUAAAUGUAAUAAAUUAAAUUAAGAACCA